UUCUCCCUUUUAGUAAUUUCGACUUCUCUCUUCUUCAUCAGAUCUGAAUCAAUUUCGCCCAAAUCGUAAGCUUUUUGACCUAAUUUGUUUCCCGGGAAAAUAUAACAAACCAUCACCGGAAUCUUCCGAUUCCCCUCCGGUGAAGAAGAAUGUCGCACAAUGAUACGAUUCCGCUUUACCAAUCAUCUCAAUCAGACAUCGACGAGAUUGAGAAUAUGAUGAGCGAUAACUUUCAAUCAGGUCCGGGAACCGUGCUCCCGGCUCGUCCGCCAAGCCCUGCCCGUCCGUCCAUUCCCGUUUCAUCCUCACCUUUCGUUCAAUCUAACCUCCCACCGCUUCCACCGUCAUCUACUUCCACUCAGAAGGUGAUGCCUGUUCCAGCUCCUCCGCCGCUUCCUUCAGCAGGUAACUCUGAAGGUUCCAAGACUAUCGGAGGGAGUGGGUUCGGAUCUCCUCCGAAUACAUUGACGGAGCCUGUUUGGGAUACUGUAAAGCGAGAUCUGUCACGGAUCGUGAGUAAUUUGAAGCUUGUGGUGUUUCCGAAUCCGUAUAGGGAAGAUCCUGGGAAAGCACUUAGGGACUGGGAUCUGUGGGGACCUUUUUUCUUCAUUGUGUUCUUGGGUCUUACUCUUUCGUGGUCUGCUUCGGUUAAGAAGUCCGAAGUAUUUGCCGUGGCAUUUGCACUACUUGCAGCGGGGGCAGUGAUCCUGACACUAAAUGUGUUGCUCCUGGGAGGACAUAUAAUUUUCUUCCAAAGCCUAAGCCUUCUUGGUUACUGUCUGUUCCCUCUGGACGUUGGAGCAGUGAUCUGCAUGUUGAAAGACAAUGUGAUACUCAAAAUGGUCGUUGUAUCUGUGACUCUUGCCUGGAGCUCCUGGGCCGCUUAUCCAUUCAUGAGCGCCGCCGUGAACCCGAGAAGGAAAGCUCUCGCACUUUACCCCGUCUUCCUCAUGUAUGUCUCUGUUGGCUUCCUGAUCAUUGCCAUUGACUGAUUCGAUCUGCGAAAAUGGGAAAUCAGAUAUUGGGUCUUUGAUUCAGUUUGGGUAAUCAUUUGGUACAGAGUAGAUAGAGAAUUCUCCAGCCGCGAACUAUUCUGAGUUGUAAUGAGAUUAUAUAUGUAUAAUACAGUGUUCUUUAAAGCCUUUUUGAUAAAAAAUCUGGUCGACAUUACUUUAUAUGGUUUUGCUUUAUCUGUAUGAAACUUACGGUUCUUUUUUUUGGAAACGUAUUUAACAUAUAUAAUAUUAAGUAAGACCUUGAUGAUGA